GUUCCGUCUUUUCUAUCUCAAUGUUCACUGGAGUUGGUUGAGCCACGUGCAUGCACCAGUAAAAACGUUUUUUUUUUAUUUCAACCUCAUCGCAAACGUCCAUUUUCUGUGUUUCAACGUUGAAACACACAUCAGAAUCAUGGUGAAAUUAGCGAAGGCAGCAAACAAACAAGCAUCUGCAAAGAAAAAGGCCCCUCCGCCCCCCAAAGAGGUAGAGGAGGAAUCAAGCGAGGAGGAAAGCAGUGAUGAGGAGGAAGAGACACCACCGACUAAGGUAACGAAGAAGGCGACUCCGGCAAAACCAACCGCCACCACAAAAAAUGGUAAAGCGGCAAAAAAGGCAGAGAGCGAAGAUGAUGAUGAUGAUGAUGACGACGAUGAAGAUGGUGAUUCUGAGGAAUCUGAAGAAGAAGCCCCGCCACCAAAAAAGGCCCCUGCAAAAGCCACACCGGCAAAAGCUAAAGCCACAUCGGCCAAGGCAGCUCCCUUAAAGACUGAGGAAUCUGAGGACGAUGAGGAUGAUGAUGAUGAGGAAUCAGAAGAGGAGGCCCCAGCUCCCAAGAAAGCUACUCCUGCUGCCAAAACCAAAGUGAAGGCCCAGCCUGCUAAAGAGGAGUCAUCCGAUGAAGAUGAUGAUGAUGACUCUGAGGAGGAGAUGGACACAGCCCCACCUCCCCCAGCAACCAGCAAGGCAAAGAAGGCGGGUAUGGUGAAAGCUAAGGAAGAGUCAGAGGAGGAGGAGGAUGAGGAAGAUGAUGAUGAGGAAGAUGAUGAAGAUGAGGAAGCCGCAUUGACACCUGUAAAGAGGAAGGCAGAGGGAAAAAAGGACAAAGACACACCGGCUGCCAAGAAGGCCAAGUCAGAAAGUGAAGGCUUCUGUCUGUUUGUUGGAAACUUGAACUGCAACAAAGACUUCGAUGAACUCAAAGAUGCUUUGAGAAAUUUCUUCUCCAAGAAAAGCCUUGCGGUUGAGGACAUCAGGAUAGGGGGAUCCAAGAAAUUUGGAUAUGUUGAUUUUGCAUCUGAGGAGGACAUGCAGAAGGCCAUGGAGUUCAAUGGCAAAAAGUUGAUGGGCCAGGAGAUGAAACUAGACAAAGCCCACAGCAAAGAGAAUGCAAAAGAGGGCAAGAAAGAGCGAGAAGCACGGACGCUCUUCGUGAAGAACCUCCCCUUCUCUGCCACAGCCGAUGACUUGAAAGAAAUCUUUGAGGGCGCCACUGAGAUUAGGGUACCACCUGGCCAAAAUGGUUCAAACAGAGGAAUUGCCUAUAUAGAGUUUAAAACUGAGGCCGAAGCAGAGAAGAUGUUGGAAGAGGCCCAGGGUGCUGAUGUAGAGGGACGAUCCAUCAUGGUGGACUUCGUAGGAGAUAAGAGCAGGAAGGGGGGGGCCAAGUCACCAGCCGCAAGCGCAUCAAGCAAAGUCCUUGUGGUAAAUAACCUGGCAUUUAGUGCCACAGAGGAUGACCUUCAAUCCGCAUUUGAAAAAGCAGUCUCAAUCCGGAUUCCACAGAACAAUGGUAGACCUAAAGGCUUUGCUUUUCUGGAGUUUGAAAGUGUCGACGAUGCUAAGGAGGCCCUAGAGAACCACAACCAUACAGAAAUCGAAGGCCGGGCAAUCAGACUGGAGUUCAGUCAGGGCAGUGGUAACCGGAGAGACGGAGAGGGAGGCAGAGGAAACUCUGGUCCAACAAAAACCCUCUUUGUCAAGGGUCUUUCAGAGGACACAACAGAUCAGACCCUUAGGGACUCAUUCGAGGGCGCCAUAGCAGCCAGAAUCGUCACAGACCGUGAUACAGGUUCAUCUAAAGGCUUUGGCUUUGUGGACUUUGACAACGAGCAGGAUUGCAAAGCAGCCAAAGAGGCCAUGGAAGAUGGGGAGAUAGAUGGCAACAGGGUGACCCUUGACUAUGCCAAGCCUAAGGGUGAAGGUGGUGGCUUCCGUGGGGGCCGCGGUGGAGGAUUUGGUGGCCGUGGUGGUGGCGGAAGAGGUGGACGUGGUGGCUUUGGUGGCUUCGGUGGUCGCGGUGGUGGCAGAGGAAGAGGAGGUGGUCGCGGAGGUGGACGUGGUGGCUUUGGAGGUGGGAGAGGCGGUGGUGGAUUUGGAGCCAAGCCUCAGGGGAAGAAAAUCAAAUUUGAUGACUAAAUUCUUCUGAAGAAGAAAAAGUCUAUUUUACUCUUUGAAUGGACUCUGGUUUCAUCACUUUUCAGAGCCAUUGGACAUUCCAGAAAGCUUCAUUGCGGUUCACUGUAAUUGGGCAUUUUAGCCCCUCCCUCUUCAGCACUCUGAACCCCUCCCUUGCCAAAAUGGCCCUCUUUGCCCUCUUAGUUUGAGGGCUGCUUCAGUUUUGGAUGUCCCAGCUGCACACCUAUACCUGUCAUGAGUUUGGGUUUUUAUUUUUUUAUUAUUGUUUUUUCCCCCUUCCCCAAAGGAGUUGAAAUGAGAUGUGUCUGGUUAACCCUAUGGCUGUGAAAAGUAUGCCCGUUCAGGAUACAUUAUGUACAUUUUAACAAUUUGUUAAAUUUCUUUAUCUUUUUUGUAAAAAUAAGUGUAUUUUUGUCUUAGUUUUGCUUUAGACUCAAAUGUUUUAUCAUUUAUGUGUAUGGCAUCUUGUGACAGAAGAUGAGUUGGCUAUUUGAGAAUCCAAUAGAGGUGUACCUUUUUUUGGGUGGGGCACAGUCAAUGUCUGAAGUCCUCCAAUAAUGUUCAAGACAUGCAAUUUAAGAUUUGUAGUGCAUUGACUAAUUUUCCCAUCUGAGAAUCUAGGUUUUCUCAUGAUUGAAUAAAUCCUUGUUAAGUGGUGAUUUUUAAA